UUAUGUCAAAAAGCGUAUUAUAAUCUUGCAAAAUAGAAUAGUUUUUGAAAUAAAAGAAUGAACUCUAUUUUACGAUUCUUUUCAAUAUAUCAGCGUAGCGUUUGUUUUGAAUCACAGCCGAGUCAAGGAUUUAUAUUAACUUGAUAUAAAAAAUGAAUAAAAUGAGAAAACACAAAAUAAAACAUGAGAUAGAAGCGUCCUCGUCGAACAUAAAGGAAGAACAUGACCUCGCUUACUACAUCCACGACCGGGUCGAGUUGAUGCACCAAGUUUUCUCGAUGAUCAAGCCCAAAGAGCUGAAGGCGAUGGCUCCGAGCUGCGUGCAACAUAUAUCAAUAGACAACCUGCAGGAGUUAUGCACGGAAGAGCUCCUCGGCAUCAGUUCCAAGCGUCUGUGUGCAAUCCUAGAUGGCGCUGAACCCCCCACUGACACAGAAUCGCUGAGUUCUGAACAACUAGAGACGAUAUCUCUUGACAGUAUAUCAUCAGAUGAUGAUGUAUUGAGUGAACCGACAGCUAAGAGAAAGCACAAGCACAGGAAGAAACAUAAAGCUAAAACCAAGCAUAAACACAAGCAUUCAUCGGAAUCUGAGGAUAACAACGAUAUUGACAAAGGGACGGAGAGAUCUCGAGCCACACGAGCCGGGCUGACGGUGCUCGAGUUGUUAGAGCUGCAGGCUAGAGCUCGAGCCAUAAGGGCACAGCUCUUGAAGGAUAACGCUGGCAGGAUCGAAGAUACGGAACCCGACAGGAACCACUCCUCGGAUGAAGUCGAGAUCAAGGAGGAGCCGCCGGAGGUUUUAGAGAUCAGUAGCGAUGAAGAAAAACCGAAAGUCGAAGAGUUGCAGAAGAUCGUCAAUAGCGUUCCAGGUAAGCAGCAGACCAACCCUCCAGUCCAACCCUCGACCAGUUCAGAAAACACGGAGAUGAGGUCGCAGACAGUGACUAAGGUUGUCAACGACUUGAUAAUCACGAUACCGGCGAAGCCAACGAAGAAAAUAAAACUCAAUAGAAACAUAUCACUCAAGAACAGCGGCGCCAGUGGCAGUGAGGUGAGAGACGGCGCGAGGACGCAAGACAAAGAAACGAAGCCAGAUAAGAAAGAAAAGGAUAAGCCGAGGAAGAAGAAAACGAAGAAGAAGAUUAAAGACGGCAGCGAUCAUGAUGAAAUAACGCUUCAGCUAUCAGAUACGGAGAAGAUGGACCUGUUAGAGGAUCUGGAUAGAAAGAAUUUUGAUAACGUCACCAGCUCCAAUGAUAGCUGCACCUCGGAUGAGGCAGAGGCACCAGCAUCAGGCAGUCUGAACUCACAAAACAAUGAGGUCCCACAAAUAGAUGUCAAUCAAGAAAACAAAGCAGACGAACCUUCGAAGGAUAUUGAAAAUAUAGCGAAUAAAGAUGGCGGCGUUUUUGAUGUUACAGGAGAUUCUGAUAGAAGCAAUCAUCGAGAAGAUAAGAAAGAAAACGAAACAGAAGCUGAAAAAAGCAAUAAUAAAGAUACAGAUAUAGUCAAUGAAGCACUUGUUGAUACUCAGGAAGGAAGUCGCACAAAAGAACAGAUCGAAGACGGAGAAAUAACAAGCAAUAAAGAUUUAUCAGACGGAGAGCUUUCGGAGGGAGAGAGAGAUGUCGUCUGCAUCUCCGACGACGAUACGGAGAUCCAUAAGAAGAAGAAAAAAGAUAAGAAAUCCAAAAAGGAGAAGUCGGAUUUUCACGAAAGCUCCGAUCAGAACUUCUUUAAAGAAGAUAACGCUCAAGAUAUUUACGAAGUUCUGGAGCUAUCGGACUCUGAUUAUGACGUGGAUAUAGAAGUAUCACAAGAGCCCACCGCUGAAGAGAUGAAAGCGCUAUCUGCUAAAAUAGAUGAAAGAACUAAAGAAGAAGAGAUGAACAUAUCAUGGAGGGACAGAUAUUUGGACAGCAAGAAAGUGAAAAAAGUAUUAACAACAGCAAACUUACUGAACGCUAUGAGAAAGAAGAAUAGAGAGCUGAAGAGUAAACUAGAAAUGAAACCGCAGAAGGAACAAGAAGUACAGAGAGAAUUAAAUAUAGAAGGGACCGUAGACGAGUUUAACACUUUAGAAGGUUCCACCAAAUACGUGGAUCCAAUAAAAGAGAAAGAUCUCACCAAGGAAAUGAAGAAAGACGCGAAGCAACUAAUAAAGAUGUACAAAAUGCUGAUGAAAUACAACGACAUAAACAAGCAGAAGGACAAGAAGAAGAAGAAGAAGAGCAAGAAGGAGAAAGAAAAGAAGAUGCCAGAUGAUACUUGACUUAAUAAGCAUAAAAAACUCUGAUACUUAUGGCUUGAGACUUGUUUGUCAGAAUUUUGAAAAUUCUGCGGUUAAUUUUAUAUGAACAGAAAAUUAGUUUUACAGGUUAAUGUGAUAAGUAAUAUUUGUCUAAAAAUUGGUACGUUAAUAUCUUUAAAUAGCAAGAAACAUUCAAAUUAAUCUGAAACUAAUAAAAUACAGUCGCAACAGAGCCCGAGUAUAAAACGAAUCACCUGUCAUCCGGGAUUUACACUCGCGUACGAGUCGCGAGCCCAAGCACAAGGUGACAGUUUACAGACAGUAAAUAGUCGCUCGAGAGUGUAAAAUGUAAAUUACCGUUCUCAUUACGAGUGUAUUGAGACUGGCUUUGUUUGUAGUUUACGUUUAAUACCGUCCCGUGACUCGUACGCGAGUGUAAAUCCCGGGACAGACAACCCCCUCCCCCCCACAUUUAAAUACACUCGUACAGUCCAAUUGUCUAAUUUAUUUUUUAGUGCGAAUAAAGUAAUCAAUCAGUAAGGUC